UGUAUCUUUUCACAGCCGGCUUUAGUGUAUCUUCAUUAGCGAGUUAGCUGUACUGGCGUUACAGGAAUAGUAGUCCUAGGAUUUUAAUUUUUUGGGAGUUUACUCUCUUUCGCGAUAAUAUCAAAUGACCAGGUGUAACGCGGGGAUGUUCGUUUACAUGCAGAUGUACAGUUUCAGUUAUAUUGGUCGGUUGAUGUUGCAGCUGAUACAACGAAGAUUAUGUGAGAGAAAGAUUUAGUGGCCUGCCAGGCUGCAAGGAUCAUUAGGCCUAUAUAACGAGGAAAGGAGACUGUUUCAUUUCAUCUAGACAUUGUUCAUAUUCGAGUCACACCUUUCGGUGGGAAUGUAAUCGUAUGUAUCAGUGGUUUUCAAGCUUCUGAGCCUUAAUAAUUUCGAUGAGCUGUCGUCAUAAAUAGCGGUAUCGAGCGCAACAACAGAUGGAGUAGACGAGAUUUAUUAUCUCACUGAAGACUGGAGGCGGCCAAACAAGGGACAGAUCGUAUCAAGUGACCCACCCAAUCUAUAUACAGCGGUGUUUAUUGCAAUCAAUUCGGUAGAUGCACAGCAAUCCACACGCCGUGUGAAAGAAGUUGGUAAUACAUGUAAAUUAUCGAUCAUGCUAUUCAGUUGAACGGAUGGCAUCUUUUUUAUCUUAAGACAUAAGGGGGACAUCAAGUAUACCAAACUGAACUUGUGUGUUUUUCAGUUUAAUGAGGAGGCACUCCCCAAAAUAUACCGAUCUCUGAAGAAACGUGGCAUGGCCUCUCACUCAAUGAUACGGACCUUGGUACUUGCGACUCUGGUUUUCUCCUGGCCACUUGUUUAUUUUGUGACCAGAUUUUCGAUAGAGGCGCAUAAAAUCCAAAUAUUGAUGCCGACAGGUUCCAAUGACAGGAUCAGAGACAGUUGUCAGUGCAACAAUGUGACGUCAUUGUCCGUGACAUCAUUAAACUUGACGUCUCCACCAGUGAUGCGAGGCGGAGAGAGCAAACUUUUUUCCCCGAACUCUUCAAACAACUCUAAUGAUAUUCGUCUACCGGUGACAAGUUUAGUAUUCUUAAAGACGCAUAAAACAGCAAGCAGCACAGUUCAGAAUAUCGUCAUGCGUUUCGGUUACCAGAGGGGCCUCGUUUUCGCCCUAGGAGCAGAGCGAAAUAUGUACCAGGUGGGAAACUUCCCCGCCAUUUUCAAACCAACGUAUGCUUUACGUAGUGCUGCUGGGAAAUUCAAUAUCCUAUGCCACCAUACACGAUUCAGUCGAGACAUUCAGAAAAUUAUGCAAGACGGCGCAGUCUAUUUUACUAUUUUGAGGAAUCCCACUAGCGUGUUUGAGUCCAUCUUCUCUUAUUACAAUAUAGCUCAAGUAUACAAGCUAAAUGCAACCAACGGACUGGCAACAUUCCUUGAAAGACCGAAAUAUUAUUUCACAUUCCCCAUUCCAGAUGUAGAUGCUGCUUUGAGAAACCCGCUUCUUGUAGAUUUUGGGAUGAACGUGGACAUGUCUGACAACAUCACCGCCAUCUAUGAGAAGAUAUUGGAACUAGAACAGAAUUUUGAUUUGGUUAUGAUAGCAGAAUAUUUCGACGAAUCCUUGAUUCUUUUGAAACAUUUACUGAACUGGUCGCUCACUGAUCUUGUUAAUGUUAGAUUAAAUGCCCGUCCUAAACAGAAAAUUGUACAACUUGAUCCAGGAAAUUUAGCGAAGAUGAAAAGUUGGAACGCCGGUGACCAUUUACUAUACGACCAUUUCAACCGAACGUUUUGGAGAAAGAUCAAACUCUUUGGAGUCGAAAGACUACAAAAGGAAGUUGAAGAGCUUCGGAAGAUUAACCAGUACUGGAAAGCCGUGUGCUAUGAUAAGGAAACGAAUGUAAAAGCUAAAGGUUUACAAAAGUAUACGGAAGUUGUAACGUAUAAGUUGAGUCAACAGGGUUCCAAACACAUGGAUUGUAGUUUGAUGUCUCUUCAGGAGAUUGAAUUCUCUGACUUGAUCUAUGAAAGAAUGCUAAAACGAGGUCAGAUUCUGGAUAAGCGACCACCUAAAUGGCAUGGGAAGAAACAAUGAUUUUGUGGGCGAAUAAUUAAGCUGUUUUAAAGAGGCAUUUUUGUUUUUAAAAAACAUGGCCUUUUGAGUUUUCAUUAUAAAGUUCCUCGGACACGAGUGACACGUGUAAAGGGUUGAGACGUCAUGCCCCAAAGCUACACAUGCAUUAAUAAACCGCAGGACAGGCAUUACUAGGCACAGAUAAGUAUGGUGUACAUUCACUAGCAGGUAAAUUGACACAAACAAUGAACGUAUGAUGUCCAGCAAACAUAUCAUACGGUAGCACACUGGUACUGUUAAUGAAGUAAAGAGCUUGAUCGUGAAAAGUAAACAACAUAUGCGUAUAGGCCUACUUGUAUGUACAUGCACGAGUACAUUGCAAGUAGACUUAAGGAUCAUCCGAGGCUGUCGGCGUCACGUAACGUCAUACACGGACGAGACUAGAAAUCUAUAAGAAUUAGACUGAGGUGGUAUAAACUGUUUAGCUACAUGUACAUGUAUAUAGCAUACAGGGUGCGUUACCGAUUCUCCUGGGCUUUCAGCAAUUUUGACUUUAUCACCGCGGUAUACCUUAUCCUAUGGUCAACUCGUUAAGAAAAUGUAUUACCAUCUACAGUAUUACAUCUAUGUAUCUGAAGUCGUUCCGAGUUUUCAAUGCUUGAUUUUAAUAACUCCGUUGUGUCUGUACAUAAAAAUGAAUA